AUUUUUAUUCUAACAUUAUACAUUAUUAAGAUAACGUUACACAUAUUAAGAUAAACUAAUUUUAAUCAUGUUACAUAAAAACUUUUAAUUUACGUAUCUAUACAAAAUAUGAUAGUAAAUAACAUCAUUGAAAAAUUCUUAAAAAUGUUUAUAUUUCAUAUUUUCAAAUGUUGCAAUGUGUAGGAUUGAAACUUCAAAACUUCAUUACGUUGUUACAAUUAAAACAACAAUUUUUAGUGAGACACCAUACUAUCUUUUACACUAUAUUGCGUCGUAAAACAUAUAGUAAUCUUUCUGUAAUUAUGGCAUCGAAAUGUUUUAAGGGGAAUAAUGAUCACUAUAAUGGCAUAACUAUCGAUUCAAAUGAAGAAUCUUGCACGUCUCAAGUAUUUGCUCAUCGUCUUGCAGCAUCUUUACAAGAGUGGAUACAAAAUAAAAAACGCACAAUAUGGUUUCGCGUAUAUUUAUCACAUUCAGAAUGGAUACCAAUACUUGUGAAAGAAGGAUUUAAAUUUCAUCAUGCAAAACAAGAAUAUGUUAUGCUUUAUCGAUGGUUAGUUAACGAAGAAUGUAAUAUUCCACAUUAUGCACAUACAAAUUUAGGAAUUGGUGGGUUUGUUUAUAAUGAAGAAACUCAAGAAGUUUUAGUUCUUAAAGAAAAAUAUGUAAACAAAAAAGCUAUGUGGAAAUUACCAGGUGGUUAUGUCAAUCCAGGAGAAAAUUUAGAAGAAGCUGUGAAAAGAGAAAUUCUAGAAGAAACUGGUAUACAAACUAUUUUUAAGUGUAUAAUAAGUUUUAGACAUAUUCAUGACUAUUCAUUUAAUUGUUCUGAUAUAUAUAUGGUUGCUUAUUUAACUCCUCUUAAUUUCGAUAUUAAAAAAUGUGAAAAAGAAAUUUCUGAAUGCAGAUGGAUGAAGGUGAAUGAUUUUUUAAAACAUUCAGAUGUACAUGAAAAUAAUAGAUUGAUUGCAAAAAAAAUGUUAGAAUUUUUUAAACAUAAAAUAGGAAUUAUUGCUGAAUAUAAUAGACACUCUAUAACAAACAAACCUAUCUGUAUAUAUAGUAUAUCUAAGAUUAAUAAUAUAUAGCAGUAUGUAAAAUAAUUAAAAAAUAUAAUUAAUUUUAUAGUUUGAAGAAAAUAAUAAUAUUUAUAGAAAAUAAUAAUUAUUUUAAAAAAUAAACAAAAAUAAAAUUAUUUUUCAAUAAUUUUUUUUACAUUUUUUUAUUAAUUAAUUACACUAUAUGAACUGAUUAUAUAAAUGUUAUUAUAUCAAAUACAUAACACUUCAAACUAUGAAUUCUAUAAAUAUAAACAUAUAUACUUGUAUUUCUAUAAUUUUAAAUUAAAAAAAAAUUUUAACAAUUAAUAGAUGUAAUAAAAUUUUUUGCAUCGCAAAAAAUACACAAAAAAUAUAUUGUAUUAUAAUCAAAAAAUGACAAUAAUUUUAAUUUCUGAAAUGAAUAUGUUAAUUAUUUAAAAAUUUUUUUUUAUCAAUCUGUUUUUUUUUAUAUUGAUAAUUAUAAUUUACCAAAAUUAUGGUUAAAAAUAGGAUGAAAAUGUCUCUGUAAAUUUCAAAAGAAAAAGGAAAAUAAAUAAAUAAAUAAAGUAUUAUACAGGACAAAAAUAUUUUUAAAAAAUAUUACAAUAUUUAGAAAUGGACAAAUAUUAAAAUAUUUUCAUAUUAAAUAUUUUUUGAAAAUCAGACUUUAUAUCGAAAGAUAACUUCCUCCUAGUUUUAUUUACUACGUACUUCUUUAUUACAUUUUAGUUAAUGACUGACAAACUCACAAGGAAAAUGGAAGAACGUAUAUGUCAUUAAGGUUAAGGUUAUACAAUAUUUUGUUAGUCGAUUUGUUUACAAUUCGACUAUUUUUUCUUAUAAGAAAUAUUAGUAAAUAAUCCAACGAGACUUCAUAUGUAGAAGAGCGUUUAAUACGGCACAAAAUUUGUUGCCAAGAUGAGUAAAAUGUAUACAACCGCCAACCUCUCUGACAAAGAGUUAAAAGAAGAAGGAAAUCGACUUUUCAAUCUUCACAAAUAUGAGGAUGCUGCACACUGCUACACCAAAGCAAUUGUGAGUGCUACUAUGAAUCUAUGCAGGCAAGUUACGACAUUGCAUCUCAUUCCUGCAGAUUAAAAAUCCAACCCAAGCACUAUAUUUUACGAACCGAGCGCUGUGUAACCUGAAAUUGAAACGAUGGGAAUCAUCCUGUCUAGACUGCAGACGUGCUCUCGAUAUCGAUCCAUGUCUGGUGAAGGGUCAUUUUUUCUUGGGUCUAGCUCUGCUCGAAAUGGAACUCUUCGAUGAAGCUGUGAAACAUUUACAAAGAGGUAUGUCGCUAUAUUUUUGUUUUGAAAUUUCAUUGGCUUCUUAUUAUAAUAUGCUUCUUACAAAAAUUUAUUUAUAGGAAAAUAUUUCAUCAUAAUUUUUAUAAAAUAAUUAUAAAUUAUAUAUAUUAAUAUUUUUUUUUAAUAUUUUAAAUUUUUCAUUUUAUCAUUUCAUUAUAAAAUCAUUUUACUUAUUUCAUGUAAUCAAAGUAAACAUUAUAUAUUUAAAUUGCAUUUUGCAAAAUAUUUUUUAAUAAAAAAAUUAUUUAUUUGUUAAUAUUGUUUUAUAUGCCAUAUCUUUUUUUAUAUGUUAUCUUAAUCUUUAAAAGCUAUCAUUGAAAAAAGUUGUAUGAAAAUAAUAUUUAUUUAGAAUGAAAUUUCAUCUAUGACAGCAUUUAAAGAUUAGAUUAUCUUGUCUAUAUAUAUAUAUAUAUUUAUAUAUAUAUUAUAUAAUAUUUUAUUGUACAAUAUAUGUAUUAUUGUGAAAUAUGGAAGUAUCUUGUGAAUAUUUUUUUUUAUGGUAUUCAUGGUUUUUAUGGCAAUGUGAAAUUUGCCAUUCUCAUGAUUACACAUCUCAACGAUAAUGUAGCUGUGGAUUUGGCCAAGGAACAAAAAUUAAACUAUGGAGAUGAUAUGACCAGCAUUUUAAGGCAAGCACGAAAACGUUGUUUCCAAUUGAGAGAAGAACAGAGAAUUGCUCAAGAUAUUGAAUUACAAUCAUAUCUGAAUCAAUUGAUAGUAGAAGAUGCUGAACGAAGUUUAGCUGCUUUAAAGGAACAAGAAGCAGUUAAAGAUGCAGAUAGUAAAAGUGAAGGAGAAGCCUCAUCUAUUGAAUUUACAAGGAAAAAAGAAGAGAUAGAAGAAAAAAGAGAUACAUGUAUGGCUCACCUUAAUGAUUUAUUUGCAAAAGUGGAUGAAAGAAGAAGGGUGAGUUUAUAUUCUUGAUUAUUUUUGAAAUUUUUAAUUGCAUAUGAAAAAAAAUAAUUAUCUGAAAUUUUUAUGAAUAUGUGGAAUAGAAAAGAGAAGUACCUGAUUAUUUAUGUGGAAAAAUUAGUUUUGAAAUUUUACAAGAACCUGUAAUAACACCAAGUGGAAUUACAUAUGAACGAAAAGACAUUGAAGAACAUUUACAAAGGGUGGGACACUUUGAUCCAGUUACUAGAGUUCGUUUGACUCAGGAUCAAUUAAUCCCUAAUUUAGCAAUGAAGGAAGUAGUUGAUACAUUUCUACAAGAAAAUGAGUGGGCAUUAUAUUAUUAAUUUGUAAAAUUAGGUUACUGCCAUAUUUCUAUAAUAAUUGCAUAUAUCAUGAUUAUUUUUGGGUCCCAUUAAUUUACAUAAAUGUGUAUAUCAUUAUCUUGUAAACAGUAAAUAGAUCAUAUAUCUAUAUAAAGUUGAAUUCAAUUUUUUCUAUCAAUUUGAUGUAAUUUAGUUUGUUAUUUAAACAAUUGUUGAUUAAUUAAAUAAAAUUAACUAAAAUUAAAAAUAAGAAUAAAAAAAUUUUUUUAGUUAAUGAAUUUAAGACAGACAUAUAAAAUAUUAAAAAUAGCAAUAAUACAAUAAAAAUGAUACAAUAAAUGUGAUGUUAAAUAGGUCAUAUAAAAAUGUUAAAACUGUAUAUCUUUUUCCGAUAAACAAUAAAUUUAUUGUUUGCUGUAUAAUAAAA